CCACCACCAUUCCUCGAGCUGAUCACAUGCUUGUCAUCCUACAGCUCAUUCCUCAGCUCAUUCCUUCCAUACCAUAGUACAGUACUAGAAAGAACUGCUGUACUGUACUAGGCUCGGUUUGAUAGGAACUACAGUGCUAAUGUAGUUCUGUACCGUAUACUGUACAGUCAUGGUCCGUCUGCCAGGCGGACAGCGUCCUUGAGAGAGCCUAACGUCCUUUUCCGUUCGCCCACGCGUCGUCCUCGCGUUCACUCUUCCCUCCUCAACCGUCCUCGAUGCACAAUGCACGAACCUGGCCAAUUUCGCGCUGGCCUGUGUACGUGGCGGCCCAGAUUACUCCAACACUCAGAACGCGCCGGUCGAAAUCACAGAUUGCACGCCUAGCAAGCAGACGGGAAGACGCAGAUUGCACAGACGGGUUAGCAUGUAAGUCUUAGCACCUGCCACUAAGUCGCUUUCGGGAAGUGCGCUAGGUACAGCAAGCAAGAUUUUUCUCCUUACCGCACUUUUCUCGUCGUCUGGAAAGGACAGACGACCUCGUAGCGAAUAUGAACGGGAGUGACUGUAACGAAGCCAGUUCGUCGUUAUUAGCGCGUCGUCAUGCGCGGAACCUUCCGGAGCUUGGUACAGCCGCGCAAGCUCGGAGGGGAGAAGCUGGCGGGAGUAAAAACGGUGGGCUCGAAGGCGGCGACUAUAGCGGAUGUGAUUACACCGAAAGCGGCAGCGGGAAUGUGACAGAAGCGAAGGGUAAUGAUGAUCCCAGGUAUGGCGCGUUCGACGUUGAUUGGCUGAGCCAGCCCCGACACGCGCCCGCGAAGCGGCUUGAGCGGCGGUCGUCUCUUUCCCCUCUGGCGCAACUUCAGGAGUUUUAUCAGAUGCAGCAGGCGCAGGAACACGGACAGGGGCAGGGGACGGGGGAGGGGGAGGGGGAGGGGCGGGGGAAGCAGCUAAGGCAGCAGCAGCAGCAGCCAGGUUGUCGGGAAAGCAGCAUCGCCAGUAACGGCAAGGCUAAGCGCCUCGGCCGCCGCGCGUCUAUCGACUUAGCGGAUGUUGCGGCGGCCAAAGCGGCGGCAGCUGCGGUGGCAGUUUCAACCUCGGCACGCGGUCGGGAGGCUUCCAGCAAAGGCGGCGGUCCCGCUGACGGCGGCGUGAGGAGGCUCCAUCAGGCGAGCCGCCAGAUGAGCGGAGAUUGGGCGGCUUAUGCUACGCAGGGGAAGAGCAGCGCGCAGAAAACGCCCGCGCACGCGCAGUAUCGGUCGGUUUCUCCGCGCGCCAAUGCCUGCGGCGGAAAAGAGCACGCGUUUCCCCGCUCGCACGAGGACGGAGGCGGAGGCGCAGGCCCAGCGCAUGCGCAACACUUUCCGCUCAAGUCUCCGCGAGCUGCCCGCCUCCCCCUCGGUUCCCCCCAUCCCUCCGCUGAUGGGUCCGCUGGUCCCCCUAUGUCCGCGCUUGACCCCACUCAAGCGGGGAUGCUCUUUUCCGCCAUCUUGCACGGCGGAAAAGCCGCCGGUUCUCCCGAAGCGGCGGUAUCGGCGGAAGCGGGGCGCACUUCCGCCGCGUCGGGGCACAGGCGGGGUCAUCGGCGCGCCGCUAGCGCGCAGCUGAGCUCAAUGGACACCGCGGCGGUGCUUUUCGGGCGGGCGGCGCACACUCAGGCGCAAACGGCGGAGGCGCAGGCGCAGGCGCAGGCCGAAGCUGAAGCGGAGGGAUUCGGGGAAACGUACACACGCGCAAAGGCGCAGGCACUGGCACAGGGGCAGGCGCAGCACAGUCCCGUGCGGGAGAGGGGGAGGGAGGAGCUAACCGCCGGCGACGCCGCCCUUCCAGCCGCAAUUUCCGCGAAAACCAGAGCCGCCCUUAUCAUGCCGAAAUCCCCCAGCAGCGGCAGCAGCGGCAGCCGCGCACGGAAGCAAUUAAGCAAUCCGCUAAAAUCGGCGAAUUCUACGGGUAGGCGGGAGUUAAUCUGGACUGGCAGUAGCAGCAGCAGCAGCGGUGGCGGGAGCGCGAGCGAAAGCAGGGAGAACACGAUAUCCAGCAUUGGUACCAGCGGUAAUGGCGGCGAUAGUAGCGGCAGGGCUGGCGGCGAAGGGACGGAGGUCGGGAGUAGGACGGGUAGCACAGGUGCUAGCGGGCCUGGUGCAUACGCCGCCGCAGGCACAACUGGCGGAAGCGCAAGUGGCGCGAGUGCGCCCUUCCGUGCCGAGCGCGAUCGGUCGCCCCCUCUCUCGUCCCCCCUCUCCCGCCCGCGCCUCCUCUCGCACGUGUCCCUUGGCCCCGCGAUUAGCGCCGAACUUCGCACCGCCGCGAGCGAGGCCGCGGCGAGAGAGGGGGGAGAGGCGCCCGGCGCGGGAUGCGCGCAAGGAAGGGAAAGCGGCGCAGGGGGAAGCGGGAGGGGACGGGGCGGAAAGGGGGAAGAGGGUGGAAGGGAACUGGCGGAGAGAAGGAAGGCGGAAACAGGCGGGCGACAGGCGCUAUCGCUGGGUUUGACCUUGGGGGGAGGGAAGGAAGAAUCGAUCUCGGGUUUGGGUUUUGGGGGUUGGAGCGCAAGUAUGGCUGCAUUCGCUGGCGGAGGGGGAGGGGUAGGGGGAGGCGGGGGAGGAGGUGCGGGGGGAGGGGGCGGGGGGUUUGUCCAAUCGCCGAGCAGGAGACGCGGAACCCAGGAUUUCGCGUUUCAACCAACCGCGUCUCCUCUCGGGGGGACUACUGUAGCUUCUACAGUAAACAAUUAUAAUUCGGAUAAAGAUAUGUUUUCACUAGGGUCAGUGUAUUCUUCCGAGGCUUCCCCCAAGGGGCGGGGAGAGGAGGAGGUAGGAGGAGAAGGGGAAGGAGGGGAGGGUGGUGGAGGGGUGUUGGAGCGGAGUUUAAGUGCUAGGAGGCGCGACCAGGGGAAAUUGGAACGGACUCUAAGCGCGAGACGGAGAGAGGCUGCUUCAACAGCUGCUGCUGUAGCACUAACCGGUGGUGCGGAAGGGGGGAUAGUAGUAGUAGUAGGAGGGAGUGGGAGAGGAGAAGAAGGACAAGGAGAGGGGGGUUUGGAGCGAACGCUGAGUGCAAGGAGGAGGGAUCAAGCGGAACUGGAGCGAAGUCUCAGCUCACGGCGACGGGAGCAUCGAAGUACACAUGCUGGUGCUGGCACUGGCAUGCGCCGAUCCCCUAGCGAGAGUGCUUUAAACAAGAUGGGAGAUGAGAGUGCAAUUGGUGAUUAUAACGAGAGGAGGUCUCCUUAUGCCUCCAUGUCGCCGUCGUCAUCAGUUUCCGGGUCUCCCGUUCUGCUCUCUCCCAUUGGCUCGUCCGCUCCGAACCAACGCCAAGCCUCUUUGCAAGGCUCGGGAGAAAUGGAAUUGGAAGGGGAAGGUACAGAUGAGGAGGAGGGGGAGAGGGAGAGGGAGAGAGAGAAGGAAAGGGAGAAGAAGCAGGAGCUGAGAAAAAAGCAGGAGGAGCUGCAGCAGCAGCGGCUGGCGCUUCAGAAGCAGCAGGAAGAGCUAAAGCGGCAGCAGCAGCUGUUGCUGCAGCAGCAGGAGGAGUUGCGGUUACAGGAAGAAAGGUUACAAGCAGAACAGGAGAAACAACUACAGCAGCAGCAGCAGCAGCAGCAGCAAGAGAAGGAAAAGGAGAAGGAGAAGCAGGAGAAGAAGAAGGGGCCAGUGCAGCAGCCGCAGCAGCAGCACCGGUACUCCAGCCGAUCCGGCCGAAGACCGACUUUAUCGAAGAUAUUGUCAGGGAGGCACGGUCACAAGCAAGAGCUGAAGCAGGAAGAGAGUGAGAAGGCAGAGGGCAAGGAGGAACAAACACAGUCACACGUGCAGCAGCAAACACAGUACCAGUCGCAGCAGCAGCAGCAGCAGCAGCAGCAGCAGCAGCAAGGGGGGAGGACCCACCAGCCGAUUUCAAGGUUCCUAUCUGCCGCUUCUGGUACUUUGAAGUCCCUUAUUAGUGGCAGCAGCAGCAGCAGCAGUGGUGCGGGUGCUGGUUCUGGUGCUGGUGCUGGUGCUGGUGCCGACAGUGCUGCUACUGGUUUGGUUACCGAUACUGGCAGUGCAAUCCACAAUAACAGCAGCAUGAGCAAGAGUCCUAGAUCUGCUAGCGUGAAAGCGUCGUACUACCUACCUGCCAUUCCUGUCUCUCCUCGCUCAUUCUCCGUCUCGUCUUCUUAUGAUGCAGCGACUUCAGUCACUGCUGAGCCUGCUUUCCCCACAGGCUCAGACUUACGAGACAAGAGCAGGACAGUAGGAACGGACACAGCUGCAGCCACCGCUGCCGCUGUCGCAACAGCAGCAGCGUCGUCACCAUCAGCGUCGGCUACAGCAGCCGUGAGUAAGCCAAGCCGGAGGCCGUUCCUUCAGCACCAGCUGAGCUUCGGCUUCAAUCGAACCGACACCAGUGAGCAUAGGGAUACAGCAAAUAGGGAGAUGGGGCAUAGGGGCACAGGGCACAGGGCGUUGGUGAGCGGGGUAGGGCCUCUGGGAUCUAACCGGAGCCAAGGAACGGCUUCUCCUCUUGCCUCUCCCGCACUCUCACUCUCCCCCGCACUCCCACUCUCUCCUGCCCUCUCACCCUCCUCCUCGCUCCACACUGCUUCGCACACUGCUACUGUUGCUGCUGCUGUUGCUGCUUCCGACGCUGUUGUUGCCGGCCCUGCUGCUUCGGGUUCCAAACCUGGUGCGAUGUUGGAAGCGGGUGAUGCUCCUGGUGCGGAAACAGCAGGCUCGGCAAGUACAGGCUCAGCAAGCACAGGCUUGGCAGCAGGCGUGGAAGCGGUGGCAGCAGCAGGUUCGGAAGCCACUUUUCGGCUCAACAUACCUGGGGAUUCUCCUGAUGACGUGGCAGAUUACCUCUCAACCUUGAAGCAGCAGCAGAAGCAGGCCAAUCACAGCACUAGGCGCAUGUCAUGCGGUGCUGAUGGUCACGAUGCAAGGGAGAGAAGACCCAGUGCCGCCGCUGCUGGUUCGUUUGCUGCUGAUUCUUUUUCUGCUGUUGGUGGUGGUGGUACGGCUGCUGCUGCUGCUGCUGCUGCUGAUCAUGCUGAUUCUGCUGGUGUCGGUGCUGGUGGUGGCAGUGGCGGCGCUGGUGGUGGGGGCGGCGAUAUUUGGACUCAGGCUUUCGGUGCUGCUGCCACUGCUUCUGGUGCUGGUGGUGGUGUGGGGAUUGGUGGCGAGUCAAGAAUGGCCAUGAGCCGCCGGCCGCGGCGGCAAAGUGCCGAAUUUGUCAGCCCGAGCAUGCUAGCAGACGAAGAAGAAGACAUGUAUCCUGACACGCAUGAAGACAAAGAUGGCGAUCAGGAAACUGACAUGAACAGUGACGUGAACAGUGACGUGAACAGUGACCUAGGGUUCGACUCGCCGGACCGGCCCGGCAGAUUCGUCAACCACUCCGACCGGAGGGUCGGCGCCCGAGGCAAAGCCAGGCUCGGCGGAGGCCCGUUACCGCACCAAACCGCAGUGCACGAGGGCCGGGGGGUGCGGGGGGGAGGGGGGGACGGGGGCUCCGGCGCUUUUGCCAGCAGGAGCUGCAAGAAUGGUGCGGAGGCUGAUCUAAGUAUGGGUUCCUCCUCUUCUUCUGUGGCUCUGCUGGCGGGGUUUCAGCUGAAGGGUAUUCCCAAGGAGCAGCUGGGGCUGCUGCUAGAGCAGCAGGCGGAAAGGCGAGCUGCUGCCGGUGGUGCCAAGGCUUCUGGUAGUGCUGCUGGUGGUGGUGGUGGUGGUGAGGGUGGUGCUGCUGCUGGUGGUACUAAGAAGUCUGCUGGUGCUGCUGGUGUGGGUGCAUCAGGUGCAGCAGCAGCAGCAGCAGCAGGGGUAGCAGGGGCGCGGAAGGGGAAGGGGGGAGGAAGUGCUGGUGAGAGUGAGCUCUUGGGGUAUCACCGCUCUGACCAGCAGCAGCAGGAGCAGCAGGAGCAGCACCAGCAGCAGCAGCAGCACCACCACCGAGGAUACUAUCACGGCACGGCAGCAGCAGCUGCUCCGGGCUUCUCCAAAACCUCAGUCGGUAGCUCCUCUGGUGGGCUCUUUUCAGACUGGCAUCAUCAGCAUCAUCAGCAGCAUAAGCAGCAACAGGGGCAACAAGGGGGAAGGUCAGGAGGAGGAGGAGUGGGUACAACAGCUCUGGACAAGAUCUCUGGAACAGGCAGCCAUAAGGCCGGCGCCUUCCGAGGUGCUGCUGCUGCCGCUGCUGCCGCCGCCGCCGCUGGCAAAGGCAGUGGCGGCGGCGGCGCUGGUGGUGGCAGCGGUGCAGGUGGUGCAGGUGGUGGAGGUGGUGGGCGUAGCAACCGGGCCGCAGCAAUUGGACUAGGAGGAACAGGAGGAAUAGGACCCCUACCAGGGCGGGCGCUGGGGGUGAGCAGCUUCAAAGAACAGCACCGGGGAGCGUACCCGAGCCUCCGGCCCACGGACUACAUAUUCGAGAAGGCAUAUGAGGAUCUGAGGGCCAAGUACAUUCUGCACAACAAGAAGUUGGGCAGCGGGCAGUACGGGGUGAUCAGACGGUGCUUGGAGAUCAGCAGCGGGCUGCAGCUGGCGUGCAAGACAGUGAAGAAGGCCGAGAUCAAGUCUCACGAGGAGGCCCUGGAUCUGAGGAAGGAAGUGGCGACACUAUCCAUGCUGCAGGGCCAUCCCUUCAUUGUUGGCCUGCAUGACACUGUAGAAGACCGCAAGCACGUGCAUAUAAUAAUGGAGCUGUGCACCGGAGGCGACCUCUUCGACCGAGUGACUAAAGAGGGCGUUUAUAGUGAUGCAGCUGGGGCGAGACUAUGCAGAGAAUUGAUGGAGGCGCUGCUGCACUGCCACCGCCAUGGCAUCGUGCACCGCGACGUGAAGCCUGAGAAUAUCCUCCUUACAAGCAGGCACCUCGAUUGCCACAUAAAGCUGGUGGAUUUUGGGAUUGCGACGUUCUUUCAAGAAGGCGAGCGACUGAAGGAGCUGAUGGGCACGCCCCAGUACAUGGCCCCAGAGCUGAUAGCAGGGGAGUACGGCCCAGAGGUGGACGUAUGGAGCGCAGGCGUGGUGAUGUACAUCGCCAUGUGCGGCGUGCCGCCCUUCUGGGCGUCGUCCAAUCGGUCCCUGGCGGAGGCGAUCAGAGGGAAGGAGGUCAGCUUCAAGAGCGCCAAGUGGGCGGGCGUGCCCGACGAAUGCAAGCACCUCAUUGGCCGCAUGCUGGAUAAGGAUCCUGCGCGGAGGAUCGCACCUUUGGAGAUUCUUGGACACCCAUGGAUGCGUAAAUAUGCACACUGAUCGCAGAGAAGUACAUGCCUCUAACUUCUACUCAGCAUUAAUUGAAUGCCUAACUGCACCAGAAGUAGACAAUAAGCUACAUUGUUUUGUUUCGCAUGAGAUGGACAAGCAUGCCAUCGCAGCGCUAUGCACCCCACGUUCACUGUUUUCUUCCAAUUGUUUGGCUUGACUUUCCUGAAAUCGUCAGCCAUGCUGCAAACAUGGUUGGAUUUGAGGAACAGCACUGGAAGCUGACGAACAUGAAUAAAUUGAUAAUUUCAAC